GAGGGGGGCAUGCAAUGCUGCACUGCUCAUUCCCCUGUGCUGGGUCCCUGCAGCCCCAUGUGCCCCAGACUGGCACGCGGUGGGGGGCAAUGCUGGGGUGCCCCCAUGCACCCAAGCCCGGUGUCCCUGUGCAGGGCUGUGCCCCAGAACCGCCUCGCAGGGCCCCAGGAUGCGCCUGCUUCCCCUUGCAGCCCCCCCGCUCCGCUCGGGGUGGGGGCACGGUGGGCCCUGACCCCCACGGGGGCCCCGUGCACAAAAACACGCGGGGUGUGCCGUCCCCGCAGAGCCCCGGCCGCGGCACAGGCGGUGCCGGCGUGGGAGGUGGCGGGACCGGUUCAUCCGCCCGCCCCAGCGGCGUGUGGUGUCGUCCCUGUGUGCCGAGCUGUGCCGAGCCGAGCCGUGCCGGGAGCGCAGCAGCCACUCCUGACGGCUGCGCACCCACAGAGCGCACGGCCAUGGAGUACGGCGAGAAGCUGGCACGGUUUCGCCAGGCCCAUCUCAACCCCUUCGACAAGGCGCCGGAGCAGCACGAGGUGCCGCCGGCCCCAGAGCGGCGGCCGGAGCCAUCCCCGAGCGACCCCGAGGGCUUGGAGCGCCCCAUGGACCUGGGGCUGGCCGAGGACCACUUCUCCCGGCCAGUGGGGCUCUUCCUGGCCUCCGACGUGCGGCAGCUGCGGCAGGCCAUCGAGGAGUGCAAGCGGGUGAUCCUGGAGCUGCCGGAGCACUCCGAGCGGCAGAAGGACGCCGUCGUGCGGCUCAUCCACCUGCGCCUCAAGCUGCAGGAGCUCCAAGGACCCCUCGAGGACGAGCCCAACAUCCGUGUCAUCCUGGAGCACCGCUUCUACAAGGAGAAGAGCAAGAGCGUGAAGCAGACGUGUGACAAGUGCAGCACCAUCAUCUGGGGCCUCAUACAGACCUGGUACACCUGCACAGGGUGCUACUACCGCUGCCACAGCAAGUGCUGCCCGGUCACCAAGCCCUGCGUGAGGUCCAAGGUGAGCCACCAAGCCGAGUAUGAGCUCAACAUCUGCCCCGAGACUGGGCUCGACAGCCAGGACUACCGCUGCGCCGAGUGCCGGGCCCCCAUCUCCCUCCGAGGGGUGCCCAGCGAGGCCCGGCAGUGCGACUACACCGGCCUCUACUACUGCAGCAGCUGCCACUGGAACGACCUGGCCGUCAUCCCGGCCCGCGCCAUCCACAACUGGGACUUCGAGCCCCGCAAGGUGUCCCGCUGCAGCAUGCGGUACCUGGCGCUGAUGGUGUCGCGGCCAGUGCUGAAGCUGCGGGAGAUCAACCCUCUGCUCUUCAACUACGUGGAGGAGCUGGUGGAGAUCCGGAAGCUGCGCCAGGACAUCCUGCUCAUGAAGCCGUACUUCAUCACCUGCAAGGAGGCCAUGGAGGCCCGGCUGCUGCUGCAGCUGCAGGACCGGCAGCACUUUGUGGAGAACGACGAGAUGUACUCGCUGCAGGACCUCAUCGACAUCGAGGCCGGGCGCCUGAGCUGCUCCCUGACGGAGAUCCACACCCUCUUUGCCAAGCACAUCAAGCUCGACUGCGAGCGCUGCCAGGCGAAGGGCUUCGUGUGCGAGCUCUGCAAGGAAGGCGACGUGCUCUUCCCCUUCGACAGCCACACCUCCGUGUGCACCGACUGCUCCGCCGUCUUCCACAGGGACUGCUACUACGACAACUCGACCACGUGCCCGCGCUGCGCCCGGCUCAGCCUGCGCAAGCAGUCCCUCUUCCAGGACUCCAGCACCGAGGCCGAGCCCUAGGGCGGCCCGGCCCUAUGGACAGAUGGGCAGCUGGGGCGCGGGGUGGUUUCGGGGCCCGCUUCAGUGUGUGGGGGGGUCUCCUGCCCCACAGCUGCGGCGCGGGCAGAGGCAGCACGACGCAAGCACUGAGCCCACUUUAGAGGGCAGCCGGGCCCUGCACGGGGGCGGCUGCCCCACGGCGUCUGCGCGACACAGACAAGGGGGGGGACCCCGGCCCAGCGAGCUCCCCCACAGCAACCCAACACACACACUACCUGCCCCUUACCCCUGCUACUUCCCCGGGGGGAUGGUGGAGGGCGGCUGAGGGGGCGAAGCGGGCGGCGGGCAGCCAUGGGCGGGCGCCCCUUGGCUCUGCCCCGCGCCAUCCUGGCGCCGCGGCUCCCUGUCGCAGCAACGUGGCCUCUUUGCACA